AUGCCCGAAAAGCGCGAGAAGAAGGACGAGAAGAAGAAGAAGAAGGACAAGGGGGAGAAGAAGGAGCCGGUAAUACGUACGGAGCGCGAAUCCGUCGAUAGUAGCGAGAGCCGAGCGGCGAUAGCAGCGGGAGAUAACCCGCCCGGCGACCCCGACGCAGCGGCGGCGGCGGCGUUUCGUUACGAGUGGGGCGUGAAACUCGCCGAGGAGGAGCCGGCCGCGGCCGCGGCCGCGGCCGAGGCGAGCGAUAACGAUAACUUGGCCGAAAAGGGCCGGCGAUACGUCACGAAGCGGCUUUGGGGAGUGUACCUGACGCACCCGAAGCCGGAUGUCGAAGGUGCCGCCGCGCCGCUGAUGUCCGAGGGUGCCGGGAGUGGCGCGUACCAGCGGCGAAACGCCUCUCGGUUCUCGGGGAACGAUGAUACCGCGGCGCAGGCUGGCGGAGCCGAAGGUCAGCUUUCCCCGAAGGGAGCCUCGGCGAAGCGGCGAGACGAGCAGUCGAGCUCGAGAGGAGCCAAGGACGACGAGGGUCUCUCGACUUGGUUCAAGCGCGACUCGCCGAGCGGUGACUUCCACAUGGCGCAGCGAGAAGCGGCCGACGCGACGAGUUCGCCGACGAGCUCGCGGGCCCUCCGGAGCAUCAUGAAAGAGUCGCCGGGCGGCUCAUCGGUCGCGCUCGGUGACGGUUACAACGUGCCGCCGGAGGAGCAGGCGGCGCAGGACGUCGAGAUCGACGCUUGGCGGAGUCUCGCGGUGAAAUCGAGGUCAGCCAUGCGAGCCAUCCUGUCGAACGCGCGGCCGCAGAGACUGGAGACGAGGUCCAUCCGGCCGGAAGCGCCGCAGCCGAAAUUGGACGUGCGGGUCGUCAGGUCGUCCGCCGACGAGACCACGGAGGUCAAGGAUGAGCAAACCGCCGGGUACAAGCUAAGCUCCAUGGGCCUCAAGCGCAUGGGCCACGCGGACGCGCCGAAUCAGGACCAGUACCCGCUUAGCAAGAAGCUGCAUACCGCGAGCGCGCAGGUUCACCGUACGCUUCUGGAUGCGAGGACGAACGACGACGCCACCUGGAGACGCGUCGGGUCGCUUCCGCCGGCGGACUCUAUUGCCGUCGACGGGACUGCGCGAACGAAGAAUCCGGGAAUCGCAACGGCCUCCCCUGCGAGUUCCGAGGGUCCCGAGGAGAAGAUGAGUGACAAGCUGUUGAAUCGGCAGGAAGAGCAACAUGAUCGACAGAGCGACUUGAAGAAUCUCGACGACGAGAAGCCGACUAGCCGUGAUACGAGUGACUCGAUAAAAAGCACCGAGCAAAUUCUCUCACCCGCAGAAUCGCAGACAUCGAGCAGCGACCGGGAGCAACCGGAUGUCGGGAUCGACGUGAUCGAGCUGCCGAGCACUGUCGAGGACGAGGAAGUAGAAACGUCCACGAGCCAACCUCAGGAUGGCGAUCGGCAAGACGCUGAGGGCGCAUCGGACUCUACGAACUUGAAGGACUUGGAGGACGAGAGGUCACGCGCCGAGGAAGAGAGCGUUCGCGAUGAAACGGAGCUACAUGAACGGGGAAGCCACAAAGACUCUCGCUCCAAGGACAAUCGCAUGGACUCGUCCGACGAGACCAGAGACUCUUCGUCCGCGGACUACGACGUCACGACCAUCGACGACGACCCGACGAAAUCGCCCGAGGCCGCGGCGGCGGCGGCGUCUAUGCUGGCUGUGAGCGCUAAAAAUACCGUCCGCGACUCUAACACGGAGGACUCAACUGGCGACGACCUCGGCGGCGGCCAGUACGUCACCGACGGCGACUACGUGCGGCUGCACGGCGAUCCCUAUCCGUACAGCAAGGAGAACCUGGACAGGUGGAGAAUGCUGGCUCAGUCCAGGAGUCGGCUGUACAAGCCGCUCAAGCGGCAGGCCUCUUCCCCGACCCUCGUCCCCGACCCCCCGUUCGACCGGGUAACCCCGAGGAACGCUAACGACGCGUAUGCCAACGGCGCCGGACGGUCGUACGGUUCUCACGGCGAUGGAACGAUAACGGAGACUUCGGGAAGCGGCGACGGCGCGACGGACGCAAAAAACGUGGGACUCGCGAGCGGAUUCCGCGCGGCGUCGCGCGACCAGCGGGUGGUGGCGCCUGAUUGCGACGCCGCGGACGCGCUCGGCCUGCGAAGAUGGACGGAGGCGUUCUCGAGGCUCGGCGACGCCGUGGUCGCCGGUGCGGCGACCGCCGGCGGGGAAACGAGCGAGGCGGAGCGAGGCGACAACGCGUCGUUGCGCGCGUAUCAUCAGUAG